UUGCGGGCAAUAUGGGUCAUGCGCUACGUUUGUCUCGGUUUGUUUUGCAAUGUUCGGAACAUACAGUCGAUUCUUCUGUGUUAAUUUGUCAUGGUUUGCUGGGUUCAAAACAAAAUUGGAAGAGCAUAUCUCGUGUACUAUCGCAGAAAAUGUGUGGGACUGUAGCCCGCACUCAAACUAUAUGAGCUAUGCCGACAUGUGUAGAGACAUCACACUUGUUGUGGACGAUCUUAAGCUUCGAAAUGUUUGUUUAGUUGGACAUAGUAUGGGUGGCAAAGCUGUAAUGUAUGCAGCCCUAACGGAGCCGGAUAAGUAUGACAAGUUAGUUGUCCUUGACAUUUCUCCUGCACCAAAGCCUGCUGCGCAGUCCGUCCUGUCGCUUAUUGAUCUGAUGUCUUCCGUGGAUUUGGAAGAAAUGGGACGAAAGUGUGGCAAUAAUGCAGCAGUUGUUCGUAAUACACUCAUGACAGACUGGAAAGAACCAGUUCCUGAUUCUAUAGUACGUGGGUUUCUGCUUACAAACCUUGACGAGAGAAACGGAAAAUUGUUAUGGAGAGUUAACCUUGAUGCAGUAAGGAAAUUUUGGCAACAAAUUUCAAACUUUCCUAAUGAAAAAGUGAAUGGCCAUGUUUUUGAUCGUCCAGCAUUGUUCAUUGCAUCGAGCAAAGGAGGGUAUUUAGAUGCUUCAGAUGUACCUGCUAUACGUAACUACUUUCCUCAAGCUAGAAUUCUUCAAAUUGCUAACACAGGUCACUGGGUUCACUUUGAUGCUCCAAAUGCAUUGAUUAGUUUGAUUACAUCGUUUAUACAAGAAGAAUCAGUAAAUAUCAAGUCUUUUAUAGAUGUUACGGAACUUCAAUAGAAAAAAUGGGUCCUCGUUAUGAGUUUUUUAUUUCUAAUUAAAGGAGAGAGAGAUGGAAAAUCGUUGUAUGUUGGUAGUUCUUUUCUUUUUCAUAUCUUACUACGUGAUCGUGGUGUAUUUAUUCAGAUGUUGGAUAAGGAAAUGAAAUAUUCAUAGUUUAUAAAGUGGUUUAUUCAUUGGAUGUUCCAAUUAAUGCUCAUUAGUUGACCGUCAAUGAAAGCUUCUUACUUAUGCAGGAGCCUUGAUUGUCUUUGUCAGCAAAUAUUGUCUUGGGCAUCUGGUUAUUUUUUCACAAUAGUGUACGGCAGAAAGGUUUAGUCGUCUCCAUUUUGUUGUAAUGAGAUGUAGUCAUUGAAAGCAUACAACAUCAUAGGACUGCAGUAAAUAAUGAAAGGUUUUUUAAAAGCAUUGCAUACUCGGAGUGGGACCAGAAAGCAAAUGUUGUUCAGGUUCGGUGGAAAAUUUUAAGGUAGUGAGUUAUUCUAUUUUGUGAGUCAUUAUCAAAAGAGUUAGUUCGGUCAUUUGUUAAUAACUAUGUUGUUAAUUAGUGGAGCUGUGACUCAUUGCUUUAGGCAACUGACCUUCAACUAGCGGGUCUCUGGUUCAAACAUCGCUCCGUCUACCGAGGUUCGGGCAUGAAGGUAGUACCUACUACUAACCGUCACACAAUAAGUACAGCCCAUUACCUAAAAUGUUCACAAGGUUGCUGAGGGCGUUUCGAUAUUACUGGUUGUUUCAGACGAAUUCGCAGUGUUUGACCUAUUUAUGGGUUGAUUCGGAAAGUGUCAUGAUUGCCUGGUCAAUGUUGGACAGCAUGUAGUGAAGUCACUGACUAUAUAUCUAAACCACAUUAGAGACUGUGGGUUUACUGCAUUAGGUCGUUCUUUGAGUUUUUAAGUGCUCUCGAGUAAAUGUAUCACAGAGGAAUAUUUCUUGUUUAAACUGCAUUAGUUAUCUGAGAGCCUACAAUGAGAGAUCAAGUGUUUUCAAAGUUUUCACCUGAUUUAUGGUUAUGUCUCUGAAGACAGGUUUAUCUAUUUUCAGCUUCCGAUGGAUUAACCACCUAAUGGGAACUCUUCCAGUUGAUAUUUUACUGGGUAGAUAUACUGAGAAACUGUGAAUUCUAAUGGAAACCUGGAGCACAACCUUCAAAAUGUUUGGCAUGGGUUUGUUAUCGGGCAAAUGUGUGCUCUGCUGUAAAGCGUUAUACUAAAGGUAGGUAGUAAGAUAGUGUUAUGGGUCCUUUUGUAGUUGAUUCUUUCUUAGCAUCACUGACAUAUGGCAAAAUACUAAAAUCGAUAUUGCGGAGUUUGGAUAUAGAUUUUCGAUUUGAGGAGAUUGUUUGGAGACAUGUAUUGGAGGAAUUCGGUUGCUACUUAGCUUGAUGUUGACUGGAGAAGGAGGAGGAAAGCAAAAGUCUUCGGAUAGUAAAAUUGUAAUGAAUUACUUGAUUCCGAAGGUAUUCAGUUCUCAGUUUUGGUCAGGUGGGUUAUUUUUAGGCAUAUUGAUUAAGGUCUGUGGACUAAUAAAAGCGAAUCGUUGAAGAC